GAAAAUGAAAAUAAUCCUUCUCAGGAGAAUAAACAGUCAAAAUAUCAUUAAUUAAAAAAACAUUUUUUAACUAAGCUAUAUUUAGCAAGAGCUGUGUCACCCAACUUUUGUUUUACAUGACCAUAUAACUUCUACACGUGAUAGUACUGUAGUCUGUAGUUUGGUCUAGCUGUGCGAGACUUGUACUGUAGUAAUACUACAGAAAAUCAAAUUGUGGUUGCAAGGAAGUGAAACUAGUGGAGGCAUUCAUUUUUGAAAAAUUAAAGAUUCUUCAUUCAGUGAGGGCCUUGCACACACUGAUGCCGGGUGCAGGCUGCAGCUGAGAGCACUCGGGAUGAGUGGGGCUGGAGAGCACACGGACAUCCUGUCAGUGGCAGACGUGGUCAGAGGCAGAUGGAAAGUGGCGAGGAAGAUCGGCGGAGGCGGGUUUGGGGAGAUCUACGAGGUCUCAGACCAGUUGAGCCGGGCCACUGUCGCUCUGAAGGUGGCGCCUGCUCAGCAGCCCAAACAGGUGCUGAGGAUGGAGGUGGCCGUGCUGAAGAAGCUUCAGGGCAAAGACCACGUGUGUCACUUCGUGGGCUGUGGCAGGAACGAUCUCUUCAACUAUGUGGUGAUGGAACUCCAGGGGAGGAAUCUGGCAGAUUUGCGCAGAACCCUGAGCCCCUGUGCCUUUUCCAUCUCUACGACCCUGAGACUUGGCAAGCAGAUUUUAGAGGCCAUCGAGAGCAUCCACUCUGUGGGCUUCCUGCACCGCGACAUCAAACCGUCUAACUUUGCAAUGGGAAGACUGGCCAGUACCUCCAGAUGCUGCUACAUGCUGGACUUCGGUUUGGCCCGCCAGUUUACUAACUCCAGCCAGGAAGUCCGUCCACCUCGUCCUGUGGCAGGAUUUCGGGGAACCGUGCGAUAUGCUUCGAUCAACGCUCACAAGAAUAAGGAGAUGGGUCGUCACGAUGACCUGUGGUCCCUCUUCUACAUGCUGGUCGAAUUCAUGGUUGGUGAACUUCCCUGGAGGAAAAUUGAAGACAGAGAACAGGUAGGAAAUCUCAAAGAGACGUACGUCCAUCGACUCAUGCUGAAGCACCUUCCCCCAGAGUUCAGCGCUUUCCUGGAUCAUAUCUUGACCUUGGACUACUACACUAAGCCUGACUAUGAGCUCCUGAUGUCAGUGUUUGACAGUGCCAUGAUGAGCCACAACGUGCUGGAGAACGACCGUUACGACUGGGAGAAGUGUGAUUCGGAGGACGUGCCGGCUGUUGCGGACGCAGCAACCACCCCUCGGGUGCUCUCUCGUCUCACGCCAGCAAACUUGUACGGCGUCAGAUUGCUCGCUUUAAUAAUGAGAGCGCACACGCGUUACAAACGAGCACAGGAACAGGAACUGAGAGAGUGAAAACAGAGCGUGAGGGGGCAAAAAAUGUGUGUUGUGGUGAAUAAACCUGUUCCCACCGCCGUAUACAAGUUGUGAUAGAUCACAUGCCUCAGGGUCACAGUGGAGUCUCUUCUGUGAAAAAAAAGAAUCAAAACAAGCAAACAUAAGCGGUGAGUACAGGCUGGAAGAAGCACGGGCUUCUCAGGAGGAAAACUUUUGCCUCUAUCCUCUCAACACAUUGCCAUCACCUGAAACAGCCACCAAGGGGGUAGAUAGGCUGACUGUGACUGAAUGAACCAUCACUGAAACUGAGUUUGAAUUACUCUGCACCCUUGAACAAAAAUAUAUUAAUUACAGAUUGUAGUUUCAUGCAUUUCUGCUCUGGUUUACAUAUUUCUAUUUUUAUAGGUUGUGUAUCUUAUCAUAAAUAAAAGAAAAAAAGAAACAGCUGGAUAGCCCAAAGUAUGUUUUAAUGUUUAUUUUAUUUGUUUGUUUGUUUUUUAAUUUAUGGGCCACACACAGAUACCUCAUGUAUUAAAGUCCUAUAGGCCACAAGAUAUUUCUAGGUCUACCUUGUUUUGGUGGGGGGGCUGACAAAGAAUGUGUCACAUCAGUGCAGGUCACCGAACUGAUAAUAAAUAAAUGAAUAUGUUCUAUUA